UUCUAUCACUGCAGCAUCAGCAGAGAGGAGAGGGCACAAUCAAUUUGAUAGAGAGGAGGAAGAAAAGGGAGGAAAAACUGAAGAUAAGAGAAAGAAAGGUGGACGCGGGGAGUCGCCCAGAGGAAAAGAAUAAUCCCAGAGGCCAUCUUUAAAAACCUGUGGAGAGGAAGCCAGCAGGAGGGUGUGGACCUGAGCAAUCAAGGGAGGGAAGAAGAAACCAAACGGAAGAAAACGACCACCGGCAUAAUCGGGAGGGAGACAGGACCAGUAGAGGAGUGAGAGGAAGAGAGAGAGAGAGAGAGAGAGAGAGAGAGAGAGAGAGAGAGAGAGAGAGAGAGAGAGAGAGAGAGAGAGAAAGCUGCACACGUAGCUCGAGUGUGUGCAAGGUCUGCCCUCCGCGCGUGUGUGUGUGUUACGGGUGUGUGAGCAGGUGGUACUUGGAUGGGACAGUGAGCAAUGCCUCACACGCAGCGACAGCAGGUUGGCAGCAGGGGGAGGAGCGACGCUUUCCACCUCCCACUCCUCCCUCUACUCCUCCUCCUAUCCUUCGCUCCCCGGCUCUGCCAAGCAGCCAUACACAUCCCCUCUGACUACCACAUGAGUGAACUUAAGAAACCUCCAGUGAUAACGGUCCAACCAGAAUCCAUCACAGUGUUUGGGGUUGAGGACAUCGGCCUGACCUGCGAAGCCACCGGGAAUCCCACACCCAUUUUCAGAUGGACUAAAGACGGGGAGGAGUUUUUUGCGUCCGACAACCCGGGACUCUUCGUCUCAAAGGGCUCCGGAACGUUCUCCUCUAACGUUGGGGGGAUUGGCCCCAUGAAGCAGUACCAGGGCAAAUACACCUGCUACGCCUCCAACGAGCUGGGCACUGCUGUUUCUAAAGAGGUCUCGCUGAUGACCGACCACGCCCCCUCCCUGCAGAAGGAGCAGAAAGUGAGCAGGAAGAAGGUGGAGGAGGGUGAGAGCACGGUGCUGAAGUGCAACCCUCCUACCAGCACCCUGGAGCCCGUCAUACACUGGAUGGACAAACGGCUACGUCACCUCCAGCUGAGUGAGCGUGUGACGGUGGGGAAGGACGGGAACCUCUACUUCUCCCACGUGACCUCAGAGGACAGCAGGGAAGACUACACCUGCAACGUCCAGUACCUGGCGGCUCGCACCAUCCUGCCCAAGGAGCCAAUCACACUCACCGUCCUCACCUCUAACUCAGUGGUGCGGAACCGAAGACCCCAGAUGAUGAGACCGACGGACACACACAGCACUUACCACGCCCUCCGGGGCCAAACCCUGGAGCUGGAGUGCAUCGUCCAGGGCCUCCCCACUCCGUCUGUCCAGUGGGUGAGGAAGGAUGGUCAGCUGUCUGAGUCUCGGACCACCAGGGACAUGUUUGACAGGCGUCUGCGCUUCACUGACAUAGCAGAGAGUGAUGGCGGAGAGUACCAGUGUAUAGCCAACAACACGCAGGGCAAAAUCAUACACACCUACACCGUCUCCGUGGAAGCGGCUCCAUACUGGACCAGGGAGCCCGUGAGUCAGCUGUAUGCCCCCGGAGAGACAGUCAAGCUGGACUGUCAGGCGGACGCGAUCCCUUCUCCAGUCCUCUCCUGGAGCAUCAACGGGAUACCCUUCUCAAGCACAGACCCAGACCCCAGGCACAGUGUGCGUGAUGGAGCUCUGAUCUUGAAGGAUGUCACCUUCAGUGACACGGCUGUGUAUCAGUGUCGGGCUCACAACAAACAUGGAACCAUCCUCACCAACACCAACGUCUAUGUCAUUGAACUGCCCCCCAAGAUCCUGACAGAGGGCGGGGUCUCCUAUAGGGUGAUCCAGGGGCAGAGGGCAGAGCUGGACUGUCAUACCUUCGGCUCUCCCAGACCCAAAGUCUCAUGGGAGAGUGACAGCGCCCCCAGCCUGCUGGCUGACCCCAGGAUUAACCUGCUGACCAAUGGAACGCUGCAGAUCAACAACGUCUCCCACAGCGACGCCACCCUGUACACCUGCUCUGUUGCCAACAGCAACCAGUCCAUCGACGCUGAGCUGGAGGUGUUGAACCAGACUGUGAUCCUGUCCCGGCCGUUGGCUCUCAAGGUGAAGCCUGGAGACACAGCCACCUUCACCUGCCUAGCCCAGGUGGACCCCAAACUGGACCCUCCUCAAAUCCAAUGGAGGAGGAGCGGACAGAAGAUCUUCCAAUCAUACGCUGAAGACAAGUACACGUUUGAGGGCGCUGACCUCAUGGUGGCCGACGUUCAGCCGGGCGACGAGGGGGUGUACACCUGUGAGGUCCACACCCAGCUGGACAUGGCCGAGGCCAGCGGCUCCAUCACCAUCGUCGACCGCCCGGACCCCCCUACCCAGCUCCAGCUCCAGGCUUCUGACCCCAAGGACCGCAACGUGAUCCUUCGCUGGACCCCAGGAGAUCAACACAACAGCCCUGUGCUGGACUAUGUGGUGGAGUUCCAGCAGCAAGGCUCCAAGCCACACAGAUGGGAGGAGCUAAAGAUUGUGGGCGGGACCAAGGAGAGCGCCGACCUCACCCUGCAGCCCUACGUGUCCUACCGCUUCCGGGUCACAGCCAUCAACGCCAUCGGGACGUCGGACCACAGCGCUCCCUCGGAACUCCACAGCACCCCGGCGGAAGCUCCAGACAACAACCCUGAGGAUGUGAGGAGUGAGUCCACUGACCCAGGCUCCCUGAUCAUCAUGUGGAAGGAAAUGGAUGGGCGGAGCUUCAAUGGGCCUGACUUCCAGUACAAGGUGAUGUGGAGGAGGUCUGUGGGCGGUGGGCCGAACUGGCACGUCAACUACACCAUGGCUCCACCCUUCAUCAUCAGCGACGUGGGCAACUUCACAGCCUUUGAGAUCAAAGUGCAGGCCAUCAACCAGGAAGGGGAGGGGCCUGAGGCUGACCCUGUCAUUGGCUACUCAGGGGAGGAUGUUCCUCUGGAGGCUCCAAUGGACGUGGGUGUGGCGAUACUCAACAGCACAGCCAUCCGUGUGACGUGGGCGGCGGUGGACCGGGACACCGUGAGGGGACAUCUUCUGGGAUACAAGAUCCACCUCACGCGGUCCGGCUCCAGGGUCCACCACCGAGGCAGGAGGGCCAGGGAGGCCGACCCCACCCUGGUGCUGACCACUGGCGCCAACGAGGAGAAACUGGUGUUUGGGGGCCUCUUGCCCUUCUCCCACUAUACCCUGACCGCUACCGUGUUCAACAGCAAGGGCGAAGGCCCACCGUCCGAGACCCUGUCCUUCAAGACCGAUGAGGGAGCUCCCAGCCCCCCCAUGUCACUCAACCUGGACAGUCCGGGGGAGACCGUGAUGACCCUCCAGUGGACCCCCCCUGCCCACCCCAACGGAAUCCUCCUGGGCUACCUUCUCCAAUACCAACAGAUAGUGGAGAGUGACGACAGCCCCAUGCAGGUGGUGACCAUAGACGACCACACGGCCACAUCCCUGACCCUGAAGGACCUGAACCGCCACAGCACUUAUCGCUUCUACCUGAGGGGGCGCACCUCCGCCGGGGACGGGAAGCCCAUCAUCAGGGAGGGCGCCACCACCCUGGAUGGAGCUCCUCCAGCCAACAUCAGCCUGUCAGUAGGAGAGCAGUCUGUCAACCUCAGCUGGGCAGCCAGGGAGAGACACAGGACCAUCUCCUUCCAAAUCUACUACCUCAGCAAGAACGCCGGUGGGAGAUGGAAGAAGUCAGAGAAGGUGAACUCGUCCCAGUCCUUCUACCAGCUGCAGGGUCUGAUCCCAGGGUCCCAGUACCGUCUCAAGUUUGCAUUCGGCAACAUCACCUUCUGGGAGACUGAGAUCCAGACUGAGAGUACAGGAGCGACAGAUCUUCAUACAGGCUUUGCCACUCAGGGCUGGUUCAUCGGGCUUGUGAGCGCCAUUGUUCUGCUCCUGCUGAUCCUGCUGAUACUCUGCUUCAUCAAGAGGAGCAAAGGGGGGAAAUACUCAGUCAAAGAUAAAGAGGAGGGUCAAGUUGACUCCGAGGCACGCCCAAUGAAGGACGAGACGUUCGGAGAGUACAGAUCUCUAGAAAGCGACAAUGAGGAGAAGCGCACGGCCAGUCAGCCGUCCCUGUGCGAGGACAGCAAGCUGUGCACCAGCGAGGACAACCUGGGCGAGUACAACGGCAGCAGUGCCAUCACUGAGGUCAACCUGGACGAGUCCCUGGUCAGCCAAUACAGUCGGGGAGCCCCCAGCGAGUGCCCCGAGGCCAGCCUGGUGCCGGACAGCUCCCCCCUCAACCCCACCACCCUCACCCCCACCGCAACCGCCAGCAAUGGUCACCCCAAUUCGGCGGCCGUCUUAGAUUAAACGUGUUCACAAGGGGAUCUGAAGUCAGCAAUCCAUGUCAACAGUUAAGAUAGGUGCCCAUAACACACACACACACAUACACACACACACCUCUUCAUGAUUGAUUUAGCAAAUCAAUAGGUUGACAGCAAUCUGUGGAUUGGCUGAUGACAGGAUUAGUACAAUGACAAUUCAGAGACGUCAGGUGCUCAGUUUUGCUAUCUGAUAGACCGGAGUGUUAGAUGACCAAAGGGAGUGUGAGAAGUAGAUGACCUGACUGAAGCAAAACAUAAACACACACACACCGCCAACCUAAUGAUGUCCUCAGUCUCUUCUCUAUGUAGUUCACAACUUACCUGACAGACAGCCGCCUCUCCUCUUCUUUCUCUCUCUCUGUUUCUCUCUCCCUUUCACUAGGAACGGAUUAUGGUAUAUGGUACAAGAGUUUGAGAGACAGAGAUGCAAACCCAAAGAGGAAUUUAACAAAAUUAUUUAAGGUCAUUGUUAAAUGUCUUGUAGGUAGAGAUUUGAAGAGGAAUUUCAGGUAUAGUUUUGGAUGCAGAGGUGCAUACACACAGAGAGAGGGAGGGGUUGAGUGUAUUGAAACGGACAGCACAAGCUAAUGUGGAUGGCAAACGACAAGUCUUGAAUAUUUAUUAUUAUCUGGUUUUUGUUUGAGGCCAUUUCGGUGUCUAACGCCAUUACAAAUGUCUGUUGUCAAUUGCCAUUGUCAUUUUUAUGAUUAAUUUAUUUUUCUACUGACUUUUUAAUUUUAUAUUGAACAUGGCUUUGGUUGGAUAUCACAUUUGAUUUGUCGUUCUGUAAAUGCACUGUUUUCUAAAUAAUUUGAUGACAUGAUGUUGUUUAUAUAAUUUGUUUUCUUCACUUUUCUUGUAUCACACUUUAUUUUACUCCAGCCAAGUUUGCUUUACACUAUAACAACAGGUAAUUGGAUGCUUACAAAAGAAAUUCAGUGAAAACGCUAAAUAGCAAAGCGGUGUAUAUAGCUAGCUGCAUAACAUCUAUCUAUUUAGCCAUAUUACAGUAUUAUAGAAUAUGUACAUGCUCCUUCUGGGUUCCUGUGCCUGCUGGGUGAACGUAGAGCACCCGAAAUGUCAUGAAUUUGUCGCCUUCGCACCGUAAGUGUAACAUCAUUAUUGGUAUGAUAUUGUAACUUUUUUUGUGUGUACUUUUGUGCAGCUUUCUGUAUCUGUCUGUGUCUCUUUCUACCGUGUAUUAAAGUAUGUCGAC